GUUGAAGGGGCGGGAUCCAUGAUAGCCUGAGGUCGCCGAUCUCGGAGAGGAGGAAUCCAGCAUAAGUUGUCGGAUCCGCGCGGAGUUCUCGGAUCGGCGUUGAACCGUCCCGUGGCGGCGCCCCGGGCGCCGCACCUGGCGCGAUCCGCGCACCAGGGACGUGGGGUCCAGCGCCGACCCAAGAAUUCCGCGCGGCUCUCCAGAAGUUUACGCCUGUGCCGUGUCUUGCUUCUGUAACUGCGCGAGCCAGAGCCGCUCGCCUGCGUCGCUCGCAUGUUCGAGGUCUUCCUCCACACCAUUGGGCGCGAGCGACGGAGGAAGGCCGAGGCCGACGCGCGGCAACGGGGCCUGCCGGGCAUCCCGGCGGACCAGGAGGAGGACAUCAAGCGGUGCGAGGAGUGGAACCACGAGGCCGCUUCGGUGAUGCUGCUGCAAGUGCUGUUCGAGGAGCUCAAAGGGCCCCUGGAGCAGGCC